AUGGGAAGCGACAUACAUGACACUAUUGAAGAAUGGACGACACAGCAUGGCGUGACUGCAAUGUUCUUCCACUUGAAUGCCUUUGAGCGGAGUCUGACCGGCUUAAUGGAGAAAACUCUCCAGAAGAACCAACUCCACAUUUAUCGCAAAUUGUUUAACUUUGUCGUCUUCUGUGACGGUAUCAACAACUGCUUGCCACGCAUCACACAUAUGUCUUCCAAAAAAGACAAGGAAUGCGGACAAGGAACACUGCUGCGUCAUUUCUCGAAAUGGUUAUUCCUGAAUGUGGACCCGCCAUUAUUAACAGAAGUAUAUGCUGAUCUGGACAACAUAGCAAUAGCAGUCAAGUGGGAUCCAUUUUGCAAGAAAUCAGCUUCUUCAACAAAUGGCUCCAUUGUGUACACUCAUAUCUGCAAGGAUUUUUUCGACAGCUUUGCCGAAUAUCUCAAUUUUACAUAUGAACUGAUCGAACCGCCUGACAGGUCCUGGGGUGAAUUGUCCGAAACAUGGAGCGGUCUUCUUGGCAUGGUGGCACGAAAUGUAAGGAGAGAAUAUAUUGAUUUGAACUAUUUGCAAACGUAG